AUGUCAAAGCGAUCACUAGCGCAGCAAACACAAGAUAAUGAUAAUGAAAUUCCUGCAAAACAAUCGAGAAUCGCUGCUGUUGUUUUAGUUGCUUCACAUAUUACUAGCUAUGAAUGUUUGCCGAAUGAAUUGAAUCUGGAAAUAUUUGAAUAUCUAUCACUGUUUAAUAUUCUUCAUUCAUUCACAAAUUUAAAUCAACGUUAUUCAUCUCUCGUGUAUUCUUAUCAACAACACAUCGAUCUGACCUCACCGAUAUCAUGUGAACAAUUUAAUAAUUUCUUGCAGAAAAUACUCCCAGCUAUUGACGCAUAUCAAAUUCAAACUGUCAAACUAUCAAAUCGUUAUACAUACAAGCAAAUUCAAUUAUUUACGUCAUUAUUUAAAAUUCGACAAUUCCAAGAACUGAAAACAAUACAUCUCAUCGAGCCGACAUUGAAUGAUCUACAAGAAAUUUUACCAAAUGUUGGAAUAUCAGUGAGAAAUUUAAUAUUAGAAAUACAUCAACAACAACAGUUUGAUUUUGUCUACGAUAAUUUACCUUUAACAAUUGCAAAAUUAAUUAUAGAAACAAACCAACAAUAUUUUAGUUUGAAAUGUCUACCGGCCUUUGUGAUGCCAAAAUUAACCUGUCUCACUUCGUUACAAUUGUAUCUGUGUGAUGGGAAUGAUUUUUUUUUACUAUUAAAACAAAUACCAAAUAUUUGUUAUUUGAACUUAUCGAUCAUGUAUUUAUAUGAAACAUUCCAUUCAAAACAUGAUUUAAAUACACUCGAUGUAUAUUUGCCCUAUUUGGAAGAAUUUUAUUUAGAAAUUCAAGGUGGAUGUAAUACAAUUACAUUUUCAAAAUUGUACGAACUAUUAGACAGAGAAUAUUGUUGUCCAAAACUAGAGAAAUUUCAUUUUCAUUGUCAAUAUAUCACUUAUAUUGAAGAAUAUUUAUUUCGACAAUUUUUUGAAAUAUUAAAACCACAAACAUUCUAUGUUCAAUGGGAAAAAAGAUAUAAAGAAGACCUACAACCGGGUGACAAUGAAUUAUCAUUAUUUAAUGAUCCAUUUUGGCAUGAGAAAAAUUUUCAUUUAAAUUAUUACUAUACGAAUGUUGGCAAUUUAGAAUGUAUUCGAUUGUAUACAUUAUCAACGAAAAAGUUUAAUAUUAUUUCAUCUUCUCAAUGUCAUCGAAACAUUCCAACAUUAUCCUAUAAUACAACAUGUAAUGAGUUAAUAUUGUUUAAUGAAUUAGGUAAUAAUAUUCACAAUUAUAGUGUUCUACCAUAUCGAUAUAAUAGUUUAUUAUUACAAUCAUCAUCUCCCACUUUUGUUGAUAAAACUAUGUUGUCAUACUCAAGUGUAAAGUAUUUAAAAUGGAACGACAAUGCACAUAUUGAAGAAUCAUGCAAUUAUUUUUUGCAUAUAAUCGAACGUUGUCUAUCACUAACAAAAUUAACAAUUCGCUAUAGAAAUUUGAGACAAUUGCUAACAUUUCAGCUUAGAAAUAUAACAGAUUUAAUUUUGUUAGAUGUUGAUCGUAUACCUGUUCAAGAUCUAGAAUAUCUCUCAACAUUAUUUCCAAAUUUAUUACAUUUAACGUUACGAACAACAAGUUUAAAGUCAGUUAUUGAAAAAUUUUCAAAAUUGAUUUCGUUAUCGAUUAGUGGUUUCCGCGAUAUUCAAAAGUCAAAUUUGAAAAAAUGGCUCAAAGACGAACAAGGAAAAACAUGUUUUGUUGUGCAAAAUUACAAGACUAAUAAUCAUAAAGUUGACAUUUGUAGGUGCCAAACACAAAAUAUUCCAAAUAAUGCUGUUAUUUAUCCGAAACGACAAGAUAUUUAUAAUUUUACACUUACUAUUGGACAUGCACUUAGUAUGGGCAUCUGGAAUGACGAAAGAAAAACUUAUGAUCCAGUGUUAUACGAUCCAAACACAAAAAAAUAUAGAGCUCGUAAGUAUAGCUUGACAGAUCGUUUUGACGCUUUUCUUGAAGUAACCAAUCAAUCUGAUUUUAAUACAAUUAUUACUGCAGCUGGUCUGCAUCGUAAUAUGUUAUUAAUAAAUAAAAGAUUUCCUGGAACACCGAUUGUUGUACCUUUAAAUGCAAAAGUUGAAGUGGUUGUUACUAAUGAGAUGAUAAUUGAUGUUUUGAGUUUACAUUAG